GCACAGCAAAUGCCACAAUUCCUCCUCCUUUUCUUACUGCUGGUCGUCUGUUUGGAUAUUUUCCCGCUGGUUGUUAAUGCCCGUCUGAGCGCACCUAUACCUGUCCGGGUGCAGUUCUCAUCCUCGUCCAGUCGCUUCUGAUCGUCGGUGUCCAUCGGUCGUGUUUUUAUUCUUGUCCUUUUAACAGCUUCUUCUCCCCCGUCAACAGCAAAAAUUCUUGUAAUAUUUGGCUGGUCAAAAAUUUCGUUGGUGCGUUGAAAUUUCUUCUCUCCGGUUGCCUUGAGCUCGCUCGACCAUCCGUAGUGUGUUUUUGUGUGCGUGUUAUUCCGGCAGCAAAGCAAAGCAAAGCAAGCGUGAUUAUAUUUAUAUCUCUUUGCUAUUAUACAUCUUAUAAUAGCCCGGCAACAUGUUGUUUCUACCCAGCGUGAGCGUGUUGUUGUCGGUUGUCGUCUUGUGUGCUUCAGCCAACGCAGCUAAUACGGCCUUAGGAUUACGGGCAGCUUCGUGCCAACAGGAUUCCCUGACACGGUGCACCGACCCGCUCAAAGUCCUGACCAACAACCGAGACCUCGGCUUCGCCGCCUCCCAGCAAGAGCUCAACACCCUCUGCCCGAAAUUGAUCGACGGUUUGAGAUGCAUCGACAAUUUCACGUCGCGCUGCCUGGACGCCCAGCACCGUGAAUUCUUCCACAUGCUCUACGCCGGCACCAAGCAGGUCAUUGUCGAUUUGUGUGAAGACGAAGAUUACCAAAAAGAAUAUUUGAUGCACGCUCCUUGCAUGAGAGAUGUCCAGUCGGGAUACGAGCGAUGCGCCGUUGAAUACCAGAGUCACGUGCGGGAGCACAGCAGCAGCAGCAACAACCAGGCCAACGGGGCAGCAGCCACUCUGGGCGCAGGUCCCACCGUCGUCGAUGACCCAGUUGAGAAUUCCAAAAAACUCUGCUGUUCGUUCCAGAAUUACAUGAAGUGCUCCCAAGCAGUUGUCGCCGGCACGUGCGGAGUUCAAACUGCUUCAUUCACACGGGGAUUCCUGGACACUAUGGCCGGCCCAUUGAUCCAAGGAUAUUGUCUGAGUUACGAGCCCGGAACCGAGCACGAAAUCGAGUGCGAACAGCCAACGCCCAAAGUCGAUCCGUCGCUGGCCACUUACAACAAUUACGAGCCGUCCGAACAGGCGCUGGAUCGCAGCGACGGAGUGGCGGAGUCGGAGCAGCCGCGCAGCGUCGACGAGACGGAAUUCGUGUCCUCUCGUCAACACAAUCAACAACAACAACAACACGCAUCGUCGUCGUCGUCGUUGUUGUUGUCGUCCCGAGGCGUCGUUUCUUCGUGGCCCGUCCUCACGCUCCUGCUCCUCCUCCUGGCGCCCGUCUCUUUCCUCCACUCUAUUUAGAGCCCCGACGACGUCAUCCGCUUCCUUCUUAUUUCAUAUUUAUUUAUACGGAGAGAGAAAAAAGAACAAUCUCGGUUGAUUAUAUAAGAUAUGAUGAUUAUAUCAUGGAGGUUUAUAUCAUUUUUGAAAAAAGAAAAUCAAACAAAUUAUUAUUAUUAUUAUUAGUUAUAUCAGAAUUUUAUUGUUAAGUGAUGAUGGAUUGGUAUACCAUGGGGGAUGGCAUAUAGUGAAAACUCUUUAUUUCCCUUCUUGUAAUUUUGUUUUGUUUUUUUUAAAUUUCGAAACUGAAUGGAAUUUAACUUUAUGUAAUUUAAUAACGCCUAAUAAUUAUUGGAAUUUAAAUACAAGAGACACGCACCGAAUAAUUGAGGUGCUGCAUAAUUACAGAAAUUUGAAAAAAAUUUAUUUAGCGCCAAAAUUCAAAUCUUUCAUUUGGGGAAUUUUUCCCCGUAUGACUAUAUAUAGGAGAACCACGCCCUUUUUUUUUGGUCUGCUUGUGUUAUUAUAGAGAGUAUAUGUUAUCCAUACAGAGAUGCCAGGGCGCUACGCUGUACUACUCGAACGGUAUAUAGCUGUGCUACCCUUUUGGUCCACAUUUGGAAUGGUCCCGGGUUUAAUAAACACGUUCAAGUUUUUUCUUUUCUCUUCACCUUUCGACUCCUUUUUUUUUCUUCCUGCCUCCCAUCUAUUUAUCUGCGCGUUCCUUCUGCUCUCUCUCCGCUCGUUUUCUUCCGCUCCGGCGCUAUACACACUUUGGCGUCGUUUAAAUAGAUUUUUUCUCCCCUUCCACACGGCGCACUCGACAUCUAAGACGAGACUUUGUGAGCCCGUGCCAAAACUGGCCCUUCUCAAUAACCCUCCCACCCAACUGUAUACCACCUCCCGACCGCUCACGGCGCUCUUAACAAGUCAAAAAAGAGAAAAAAAAAUCGACCAGCCGCUAUAGUGAUCCAGGAGCUGUUGGUAGGAGCGUCGCACAUCAACUUCAACCUCCGACCAUCUCGGACGACUCUCGGCCAUCCGUUUCAGUUGCCAUUUGUCCAUUGGCGCGCACACACAAGUUCUUCAAUCUCUUCCAUCUCCGAUCCUUUUUUGUGAAAGGGAAAA